ACUUGAGUACAUCACAUCGUCUUUUGGAUCCGCCCCUUUCCUUGGUGACUCGUGGGGGCAAGGCAAGUGACGGCGGUGUUCUUCAGGGAAAUCUGGCAAAUAUAUUGUUGGCAAGACGUGGAUCCCCAUGGUCUGCCCUAAAGCGGACAAAAUAAACGAGGCGCUGACGGAGAUGGCGGAGCAGCAGAUGAGACUGAGCAUGGGCAUACUCAUCGACAUCGUCGACGACGAGUGGAUGCGUGACACCCUCCCCGACGACGAUAUCCCUCUGCCUUCUGUAAUGGCUGACAAGGCAGAUGAUGCCGAGGACUCGCGGAAUGGGUUGCUUGAUGUGCACUUUUCUCUCCAAAUUUACCGCGAACAAGGGGAAGACAGUCUACCUGGAUGAAUUGGGCGAAGCCCCUGGAUUAACAAAAAAGAGAAGAAAAAAGAGAGAGAGAGGAGAUAGAUGGAUGUCCAGGCACAUCUUGCAUUGUAAACAGCAAACAAAGUAGAGGUGGAUAUGUACCUAAAUAUCUAGUUAUUAUAACAGGAAUCAAGAAAGUGUACACAUCUUGGGUUGAUGGUUAUCAUACCAUAUCUCAUUUUAGAUGGUCUAUAUUCUCAGUUUUCAGAAAAUGUACAUUCUGAUUAAACUGUUAUUCAGAUUACAAUGUUAUCAUUAUUUUCCAAA